UGGGCGUAUUCCGUGACUUUCUUUUCCCUUUACGUUCUCUUCUCUUCUCUUUUUCGAAGCUGCUGGGCGGCUUCGCUGGUCGUUUUUCAAAAAUAGAGUCCUUCUCUUUAUUCUAGGCGAGACGCCUGGAGCGGCCCCGCCCCCAGCACCGACAAUCACUUUGGAAUCCCGUGAAGACGUCACACAAUGUCCGAAACUGCAGAGAUGGAUCUCAUGGGAGGGAAGCCGGCGUGUGGGAGCGGCGAGGAGCCCGGCGACUACGAUCUUGGCCUCCAUGUUGCGGCCUUGUUCUUGGUUCUAGCUGCCUCUAUAUUUGGUGCCGGCUUCCCUGUUGUUGCGAAGAAGGUCAAGUGGGUCAAGGUGCCGGCAAAGACAUUCUUCCUUUGCAAACACUUUGGUACUGGUGUCCUGAUUGCCACAGCAUUUGUUCAUCUACUCCCGACAGCGUUUGGUAGCCUUAACGAUCCAUGCCUCCCCGAUCUGUUUACCGAGCAGUACCCGGCCAUGCCUGGCGUCAUCAUGAUGGGCUCCAUGUUCUGCUUGUUCGUCGUCGAGAUGUACCUCAACGGCAAGAUGGGCGGCCACUCUCAUUCUCACGGCGGGCCCAUGGGUUUCGAGACGCAGAGCCGUGGCCGGCCGGCCCCAGAACAAGUCAACCGUGGCGCCCCGCCUCCGCGGCCCCCGAGAUACACCAGCGCUGACGAAUUCGAAAUCGAGGACAUUGAAUACGAGAAGAGGAUGGCGCAGAAGAUGUACGAUGAGAAGAUGCGGGACUACCCGCCACAGAACCCGUACGCCGACGCCGACGACCUCGCCUCCCAGUCCGAAAUGCCACCCUGGUUCGUCGUCUUCUACGAGCAAUACGUCCGUCAGAGGCUCGAGAUGAUGAACAUGAUCAAAGCCACGCGGUCUCAGCAGCAAGACGACGUGUCCGAGAAGCGCCAGACCAUGAUCACCGAAAAGGAAGUCCCGUUGUCCGAUUCUCCCUACAUCGACGUUGAAACAGGCCAACCGGUCGACCCGGCCGUGUACCGCAAGAUGUCGAUGAACAUCACCCUGCUCGAGGGCGGCAUUCUGUUCCACUCGGUCUUUGUUGGCAUGACGAUCAGCAUCACCAUCGACGGCUUCAUCGUCCUCUUGGUCGCCAUUCUCUUCCACCAAAUGUUUGAGGGUCUCGGUCUUGGAUCACGUAUCGCUGAUGUCCCCUACCGCCGAGGGAGUCUCCGGCCGUGGCUGUUGGUCGUCGCGUUCGGAACGACGGCGCCUAUCGGACAGGCUAUUGGGCUCGUCGUCAGGGACACGUACGACCCCAACAGCGCGUUUGGGCUGAUCAUCGUGGGCGUAUUCAAUGCUAUUUCCUCUGGUCUCUUGCUUUAUGCGUCUCUUGUCGAUCUUCUGGCUGAGGACUUCUUGUCUGAGGAAGCCAGCAGGACGUUGACCAAGAAGGACCGGAUUUUGGCGUUUGGCUUUGUGAUUCUCGGAGCUAUCGGCAUGUCCAUCGUUGGCGCCUUCGCUUAAACUCGACAUGCCGCCAGACUGCGAGAUUGUACGAUAAAGGCGGUGUACCAUACAUGCGACGACUGAACUCCGCGACCCAUGACGCACCCAUUCCCGGUAUUCCUUUCCUGUGUCACUCGAUCGCGAUAUGUCAAGGUCGCGGUGUACGAACGAAAUAAACGAACAUAAACCCGGUGUUGGAGCGAGACACAGAGACGCCUCUCUCAAGCGCAGGAGGAGUCUUCCGUAGGACACAACCGUGGCUUGUAACCAAUUCCCUUUUUUUCUGUUGGGGUCUCUUUCGGCUACAUUGAAAGAAGGGACAAUAUGACAAGUUUCCCGAUUGGCUCAAGGUAUCU